AUGACGGACGGCGCAUACGGAAAUCAAACUGUCACGGAUGAAGGGUCAGAAAAAACAUAUCUUAUCAGCAGUUCACAAGGCAAAAGCUAGUUAGCUGACGAUGUAGCUCAUCUUGUUUAGUCAAAGCCAACAUAAAUCACUCUCAUAGCGUUAUCAAACUUAAUCAAUGGCAGGCGCAACAUUUGCAUUUGCGGGUUCGGUUUCUUUGAGCCGUGUAGAAUUCUAUACAGGCAACUGAAUUAGCCCAAUGUAAGGAGGGGUAAAUCCAUCUAAGGCAAAGUAAUUCUCACAUCAUAUAAAAAUACAUCAACAGACACUAUAACAAUGGAAAUUCGUGGAAGUUUCUGGGCGAUAAUAUUAAAAUAUAAGCGACUUCGACAGUCGCCUUGUCUCUAACUAAGAGUUAAGGAAAAGGGUUUUGUAGAAAUAGGACCUCGAAGCUUCUCAAACGGACCAUAUUCCAUCGAAUUUAGACAAACAGAAUGGAGUCCUGCAAAAAGCAGAAAUGGUGUAAUCAAAACAGCACCACUUACUUAAGCCUGCCCUCAAUGCCUGUUUUAGCGGGCUCGUCUCCUGUUCACAGUAAACUGGCAAUCUUGAGUACCCGAAAUAUCGCUAGAGCUCGAACUCGGAGAUCCACCAUGUAGGGAUUAUAACGGAUCAGCUCGAUGGAAGGACGAAUAAGACCCAACAUUUACGACAAAAGACUCGGCCUGCCUACAGAUCGCAAGAUUACAACAAUUAUUAUAGAUAAAGAUCGGAAAAAUGAUUCAUCUCGCCUCAAGCGCUCAAAAACGCACGAUACAGUUACAAAGAUGCACCAGAUGUCCAAUAUAGCGGGGGAAGUGGGGGGGAGGGCCUGUUAAAGACAAAAAGCGGUCAUUUUCGCUCCCCUGUUUAAGACAAGUGCCUAAUUUUUAUGACACUCAUUCGUUUCUUUUCUCACACAGAAUAAGUAAUUUUUAGUUACCGACGAUCGUGGAAGUAAAUUUUCUUGCACAAAUAUUGUUGCUGCCACAAAUGUAGUCCGCCCAUUUCCAAAAAUCGGGUAACAAAUAGGGUAACUUCAGAGAACAUAAGAAUCCGCAUCCCUCCCCUGUCCCCUCCAUUCAAAGUUGGGGUGUUUGUUGUUUUCUAAAGCUAGCUCGAACAGCGGCGCAACAUUGCAUAGAGGGCAUGGGGGGAAAAAGCUAUAUUUUCCCCUUUGGAAGUGGUAAAACAUCAAAAAGCCCCUUUGAGGGCGAAGUGUCUCGACUCAUUUUGUCGUCGAUUGAAGGUUCAUAUUCUUUGAAAGGCAUUCCGGUGCAAAAUAAACCCUUUUUAAGACGCUAAAUAGUGAAACUGUAUACCCUUUAUCAGACUCAACACCCUGAAAACCAAAUACCCUGUUCGAAUCAGCAGCACCUACCCGUUAAGGCCAAAAAAGGGAGAGCUCCCCCACCCUCCCCGGGACCAGAUGCAACUUCGCCUUUGGCAAAGAACUCAGACAAAACAAAAAACCUGUCAUAGAAACCAGUUAAGAUACCCCCAAUUUAUGUCAUUGUCGGAAAUACAACCAGCAUUUUGGAACACUAGAGGUUCUUACUAUCAUACAAGGUAGUUUCGUUAGUGUUUGUACAAGACUCUCUCAUACCCAUUUCCGUAGACAAUGACACAGCUAGCUCUUACAGCUUUCAAUAAACAACGCAACUGGAUGAACUGGAAACUUUGAGUUUUCAUUUCCUACAUUAUUUCAUUGUAAUAAAAGACAGGUAAAAAGAAUUUUUAAAAGUGCUAUAAAAAAGGAGCUAUCUCACCAAAAUAACAGUCGAGAUCUUGAAAUGGCAUCUUGAAAGUUGUCCAUAGAUAAUUUUCAUCUUUCCGCAAGUAAAAAUUUUUCUUUGGCCAAAUACUAAAUCUUUAAAACAAACUUGGCCAAUAUCCAACCAAUUUGACCUCACGCUGAUAGGCUCCUAUAUGCUUGGUCAAUAUCGAUAUAUCUCAACAAGACGUUUUAAAAACAUAAAGGAACCCACGGUUAUCCCUGUCAAACGAGCCACAGGGCUGUACGCCACCUGUUUCAUUUUUCGUACUUGUUUUGGGUUCAACCUAGGGAAUCAAAUUAUAACUAAUUCNUGCUUGGUCAAUAUCGAUAUAUCUCAACAAGACGUUUUAAAAACAUAAAGGAACCCACGGUUAUCCCUGUCAAACGAGCCACAGGGCUGUACGCCACCUGUUUCAUUUUUCGUACUUGUUUUGGGUUCAACCUAGGGAAUCAAAUUAUAACUAAUUCCUUUAGAUAUGCAUGAAAUGUUUGUUUAACGAUACAGUCCCAUAAAGAGCGACAAAAUACCAUUGUUGUUUGCACUUGUACUUUAUGUUUAUAUUUUUUAGCAGGCGCAUAUCACACCGAAUCACCAUAUUCAGCUAAGUGUGUCUGUUUAGGUCCUCAAAGGCACCUUAUAAUCUUAUUCUUGUAAUAUUAUUCUAUUAUUUAGACAAUAAUACAAUAAUCUAAUAGAUAUCAUAGAACAUAGAUUUUGCACAAGAAAAGAAAGAAACUUCUAUUAACAUUUUAACAGACACUAUUCUGUUUCUUGGGAAUUUAGGAAUUAAGGUCAUGCUUCAAUGGAACAGCUAAGCUGAGCUGAACUAAAAAGCUGCUAGACUGGGAAGAUCUGAAUAAGGAAAGGUUCAAUAAACAUGUCUCAGAUUCAAAAUAUGAUAAUAUUGGCUUACAUGACUCACUAUACGCUGUGAGCACCAACUCAGACAACUUGAACCAUCUCGAACAGUAGGAAAACUUCCGACGUCGUCACUUCAAUAGGUGUCUGCCUCAUCUAUGUCUAUUUCGAGAUGUAGGUGUUAACUUGCUGAGCCGCCGUGGUUAGUUGUAAGGCAAAAUGGGAUACCGCCUCGGUUUUGGGUCACCGUAUAUUUUUUUUAUCUCAAGUAAAUAACUGCUUCAAGGCCAUGGCAUGUUGUUAUAAACGUAUAGGUAACGAAUGAACCGUUCAGUGCAACCGAGCAUAAGUUUACAUAAAUGCGUUCGACGACGGGGAACAUAAUCUUAUUCUUUUGACGUGGUUACUAAGCAUGUUGAAGGCAAUUUCACAUUCCUUUCAAUUGGGACAUAAUCAGUGUGCCGUUCUCAUUGACAUUACGAACUUAUGAAGAUCACUCAAGGUCAUUUGAACGAUUAGUUCAAGUCGUGAAUACAACGCGUUUGAGACAACUAAAAUUGAUAAAACUGCAUUUCAUUCGCGUCACUGAGGCUUAGUUCAAAAGUUGUGUCCUGCUACGUCGUCGUGCUUAUGCUGUAUCGAACUAAAUCCUUCGGAUAUGUGUUUUCGCUAGAUUUGAAUUCAGUCGCCACUUUUUUAUUCAAUUACCACUGACCUCAUACUACGUACACACGAAUUAUUUGUGUUGCUUCUUUUAGGAGCAAGGGAGACACAGUUGCUUAGUGCGCGGCCUUCGGUGCAUGCGCGAGAUCCCGAGUUCGAUCCCCGGUGACAUCACAUCCUUGUUUCAACUUCUCUCAUUUCUGUGCAGCUUUGACUAGCUUUAAUACCUUUAAAACGGAGCAUUGACGAAAAGAGGGGAGUAAAAUGAGCGUCGACCUCAAGUUUAUCAGUUAUUACUGUCACCUGUUAUCGACGUAAAAUAGUGGUUGCCUUGCCUUCGCCUUUUACCUUCUGUAGAACCUAUAAUAAUUAACUUCUUAGUUUGCCAAACUGAUUUCCAUACCCACUUUUAAGUUUCGAUAAAUUUAUUAAACUCUGUUAUUGUAAGUUGCAUGUUGGGCCAGCCGCCAGGUUUCUAAAGCCUGCUGCGAGCGGGAACCCGGUACAGUCACUAAUAUUCCUGAACGAUUUGAACUGGCACUCACUAGAACUGAGACGCAAAAUUGCACGACUUACCACCAUGUACAAAAUAGUAAACAAUAAAACAAAGGUCAAUAUUCCGGAGUACAUUGCACGCCCAACCCGUGUUAAACGCUCUUACCACAGCAGCAAGUUUAUAAACAUUGGUAGUAACAGCAACACCUAUAAAUUCAAAUUUUUUACUAGAACUCUAAAAGAAUGGAACACUUUACCUUCUUUUUUAUCAGAUCAGCCUUCCGUAGACGCAUUUAAAUCUGCUGUUACCAAUUAUUUUAAUCUCCCUCAUUGA